UCAAAAAAAAAAAAGACAAAGUUACUCGGCAUUUUUGAUUAUUGUGACAGAUUGCAUUUUACUAAAAUUUGUAGAUUGAUUUCGUUCAUUCUCAUAUUCACAUUGUUUUGAAAAAUAUCAGUUAUAUAUACAAUGGCUCCAGUGGAAGAUGUUGAAAUGAAAAAUGUGGAAAGUCCUGCAGCUGUUAGUGACGUUGAGACAGCGGAUGUAAAGAAAGAUGCUGAUGUACUAGCUGUUCAGGAUCUACGAGAACACAUCAGACAAAUCGAUAAAGCUGUUACUUCGAAAGAACCUAGAUUCGCUAUGCGUGUACUUAGAGCACUGCCGAGCACUCGCAGGAAGUUAAACGGUAACGUUCUGCGAGCUAUUAUCAAUCAGAUUUAUCCCACUAGUGCUGAGAAAGAAACCAUACUAUCUUUUGUGGAAAAUGCUCUCCCUGGUGCCGUAGAAAUAGAAGCUCCCAGGUCACGAAGCGCCCCUAAGCAGCCAGUGCCCGAAGUGGAUACAUAUUUGCAUCUCCUUGUGCUGUUACGUUUGUUGGAUACAAACAAACUUGAAGAAGCCACAGAAUGCUCUCAGCAACUAAUGACAAAAGUUACUACUCAAAAUCGAAGAACCCUUGACUUGAUUGCUGCAAAAUGCUAUUUUUAUCACUCAAGAGUGUUUGAACUAACUAACAAGUUGGAUGUGAUCAGAGGUCUCUUACAUGCCCGACUUCGUACAUCAACAUUGAGAAAUGACUAUGAAGGUCAAGCUGUUAUUAUCAACUGCCUGUUGAGAAAUUACUUGCACUACUCUUUGUAUGAUCAAGCUGAUAAAUUAGUAAGUAAGUCAGUUUUUCCUGAAAAUGCCAGCAACAAUGAGUGGGCAAGAUUUCUGUACUACCUUGGCAGAAUAAAAGCAGCAAGGUUAGAAUACAGUGAUGCACACAAACAUCUAGUGCAGGCUUUAAGAAAAGCUCCUCAAACAGCUGCUGUUGGAUUCCGUCAAACGGUCCAAAAAUUAGCAAUUGUAGUGGAAUUGCUAUUAGGUGAUAUACCGGAGCGAGUGAUUUUCCGUCAAGCUCCACUUCGUAAAGCAUUAGCUCCAUAUUUCCAGCUCACACAAGCUGUGCGUCUUGGAAACUUGCAAAGAUUUGGUGAAGUAUUGGAGAAUUAUGGGCCACAGUUCCGAAAUGAUCACACAUUUACAUUGAUCCUUCGUCUUAGACAGAAUGUUAUUAAGACUGCUAUUCGUUCAAUUGGAUUGUCCUAUUCUCGCAUAUCACCAAAAGAUAUAGCUCGCAAAUUAGGGCUUGACUCUGCUGAAGAUGCAGAAUUCAUUGUUGCUAAGGCAAUCAGAGAUGGAGUGAUUGAGGCAACAUUAGACCCUGUAAAGGGCUACAUGAGUAAUAAAGAAAGCUCAGAUAUUUAUUGUACCAGAGAGCCACAGUUAGCCUUUCAUCAGCGGAUUUCAUUUUGCCUAGAUUUACACAACCAAAGUGUUAAGGCAAUGAGAUAUCCACCAAAAUCAUACGGAAAAGAAUUGGAAAGUGCUGAGGAACGCCGUGAAAGAGAACAGCAAGAUCUGGAACUUGCCAAAGAAAUGGCAGAGGAAGAUGAUGAUGGUUUCCCAUGAACUAUCUUAUAAAAUUUUAUAUUACAACAUUUUGUGUAUUAGAUUUCAAUUAACACUGUUUGGAAUUGUAAAAAUAAUGAGUCAAUAAAAUUAAAGCUAAAUAUUU